AUGGCUUCACGUCACGGCCUACGAUCAUUACAGCGUGUGACCUUUCAACACCCCGGCUUGAUCGUCGCACCUAGGACCUUCUCCACAGUUCACGAUGUCCCCGCCACGCCGUUUUCCAGCAAACCUCCUACAGAACCACCUGCCCCGCCCACUGCCGAAAGGACAGGGCAAUUGGCCAAGGCGUUGAAUGCAAUCGCACCGAGAAAUGACUGGACGAAGGAGGAAAUUCAAGAGGUCUAUGAGACGCCUCUCAUGGAGCUCAUCAGUGCUGCUAGCCAAAUACACAAGCGCUUCCAUCCACCCUCGGCCAUUCAACUCUGCACUCUCAUGAACAUCAAGACUGGUGGCUGUUCUGAAGACUGCUCCUACUGCGCACAAUCCUCCCGAUACUCCACCGGUCUCAAAGCAACCAAGCUCUCCCCCGUUGAAGAAGUUCUUGCUGCGGCCCGCAUCGCCAAAGCCAACGGCUCGAACCGCUUUUGCAUGGGCGCCGCAUGGCGUGACAUGCGCGGGCGCAAGACAAACCUCAAGAACAUAAAAGCCAUGGUGACGGGUGUGCGCGAGCUCGGCAUGGAAGCCUGCGUGACGCUCGGCAUGAUCGACGCCGCGCAAGCCAAAGAGCUGAAAGAUGCCGGUUUGACGGCGUACAACCACAACGUAGACACGAGCCGCGAGCACUACCCGAGCGUCAUUACAACGCGCAGCUACGACGAGCGGCUGGCGACGAUUCAGCAUGUUGCGGACGCGGGCAUACAUGUAUGUACGGGUGGUAUCUUGGGCUUGGGCGAGAAUAAGAAAGACCAUAUCGGGCUGGUGUAUACGCUGGCGACGCUGCCUGCGCAUCCGGAGAGUGUGCCUAUCAACACGCUGGUUCCGAUCAAGGGCACGCCGCUGGGCGAUACGAAGCCGAUUGCGUUCGACGCGGUGGUGCGCACGAUUGCGACGGCGCGAGUGUGCAUGCCCGGCAGCAUUGUGCGGCUAGCUGCCGGACGAGUCGUGAUGAGCGAGGAGAAGCAGAUGCUAUGCUUCAUGGCUGGCGCGAAUGCAGUGUUCACGGGGGAGAAGAUGUUGACGACGGAUUGCAAUGGUUGGGAUGAGGACAAGGCUAUGUUCGAUAGGUGGGGGCUGCGCCCCAUGGAGAGCGAGGAAUUGAAACCGGAAAGGAAGACUUUGAAAGUCGAGAGCGCAUCAGCAGCGGAGACAAGUGCUGAGCCAGCCUCUGUGGCGGCAUGA